ACAGUGCAUUGUAUAUCCGGUUACCCAAAGACCGCCAUUUUCUCCGCGUCGGUGUGCUGCACGCAGUAGCUGGUCUUCUCUUCCACUUUUGCUGUCUGUUCCAGUACAGAAUACACACUUUUCACAAUGACGGACAAGAUGGACAUGUCUCUUGACGAUAUCAUCAAGCUCAACAAGCCCGGGCGCGGCGGGAGAGGCCGGGGAGGCGGCCGGGGACGGGGAGGUGGCCGGGGACGCGGCGCAAGUCGAGGCCGUGGCGGCGGCGGUGGAGGUGGCUUCAGUGCCGGUGGUGGCGGCGGCGGUGGUCCCAUGAGGAGGGGAAGACGGGGCAACCCUAGGUCAGCUCCGUACUCGAGGCCCCAGUCCAUGCCAGAUGUGUGGCAACACGACAUGUUUGACGGUGGUGUCGGAGGAGGGGGUGCACGGAGGGCGCCACAGCUAGGGGGAGGGGGGACCGGCAUCUCCACAGGAGGGAAGCUCCUCAUAUCUAACCUGGACUUUGGGGUCUCAGACGCAGACAUCAAGGAGCUGUUUGCAGAGUUUGGGAACCUGAAGAAGGCAGCGGUACACUACGAUAGGUCAGGUCGCAGCCUGGGGACGGCGGAUGUCGUGUUUGAGAAGAGAGCAGACGCCAUGAGAGCCAUGAAGCAGUACAACGGUGUUCCACUAGAUGGACGGUCAAUGAACAUCCAGUUGGUGACUUCAAACCUGGCCGCAGCAGGCGGUGGUGGAGGCGGCGGCGGUGGUGUCGGUGGCGCCAGACAGGGUGGAGGCAGCUACGGAGGAGGCAGAGGGCGUGGCGGAAGGGGCCGAGGUGGGUUCGGGGGCAGGGGACGCGGUAGGGGUGGUGGUCGUGGAGGCAAGAGCAGAGAAAACAUCUCAGCAGAACAGCUGGACGCUGAGCUAGAUGCAUACAAUGCCGGGAUGAACAGCUAGAUGACUUCCAGGUGGAUGAACCAAGGGGGAGGGGGGGGGGCACUUCCAUAAAUCCUUACUUCAGACCACAGUCCCAGAUUAGUUGGUGUUCUACAUGUACAGUGACGACUACAAGAAAGGAUACAACAGGAAUAUAGAGAUAUAGAUGCACCUUGUAGUAGUGGUCAAUAUUUUGUAAUUCCUUCGUAUAUAGUCAGGGCUCAUGUGUUUCCAUUUUUAUGUAAGAGGAAAUAGUGAAAUAGCAUGGCAUGGGUUUAAAGAACUCCCAUAUCCACUCUCAGAGGCUCCACUCCAGUAUGUUUUAGUCCCCACCAGUCAUUCUAAACGACAUGUAUGGAGCUUGUUGACCGUCAUUAGCAUUUCCAGAAUCUCGAGAGAAGAAUUGAUCAUCAUCAGCAUCUUCAUUUGUACUUUAUCCCUCUCAUAUUGUUUGUAGUCUAUUGUACCUCAUUGUGUAAGCACUAUAUUCCGUAAAAGUCGUAUUUUUAAGUUGGAAGGAAAAUAGAAAAGGAAGAUAGAAUUAAAUAUUCCCGGCAACGAGUUGAUUAACGGCGUUUUGAAUCUGUAUCUUUUGGUUUUAAUUCUAUACUAUACUAUAAUUUUAGCGAUAUUCCGACACCUGUUUUUUUUCUUAACCUCCUGAUGUUAGUCUUUGUAAACGUACAUGUACUUUGUUGUGUUUAAAUAGAGGGGAAACUUUGUUACAGAACGAAAUACACAAAGCAAUCUGUGUCUCUCUUUAUUUGAUGAAGUGUGCCUGUAUUUCUUUUUUUCUUGUUAAUAAAUUACAGUUUUAACAGGUGAA